AUGCACCUAGAACGCAUCACGAAUGAGCAUGCAAUGCUAGAGUAUCUUUGGGGUCUGGAGGAAGGAAAACGUAUGCAUGUGUUCACCUUCUGGUGGCUGUGGUGGAGCAACAGAAAUAAGCUAAGGAAGGGAGAGAAUCCGCUAGCACCUGCUGUUGUGGCUCGUCGAGCACGUAGCUCCGUUCUGGAAUAUAUGCAAGUCUACCUUCCGAAGAGUAAAACAGUUUCUCCUGAUAAGUGGAAACCACCAGCCGAAGGAGUGAUUAAAUUCAAUCUGGAUGGGUCGUUCAUCCCCGGUGAAAACUAUGUGAGUUGGGGUGUUGUCGCUCGCACCUCUGAAGGUGUUCUAGUCGCUGCUCGGGCGGGCAGACAGGAGAAUGCAGGGGAUCCUUUCGUAGCUGAAGCGAUUGCUAUGUCAAAUGUUGUUGCACUCGCCGCGGACUUGGGAGUAGUUCAACCUGUUUUUGAGACAGACUCACAGCUGCUGGCUGAAGCACUGGAUCUCCGGAGGGUUGAUUCAUCACCGUAUGCAGCCAUCAUUGAGGACACCAAGUUUCAACUGAAGAUGUGGUUCUCUAGAUUUGUCGUUACGGUGUGUCGCCGGAGUGCAAACUCCGUUGCACAUGAACUGGCCAUUGUUGGCCGUAUGUACCCAACGAACCAUUAUGUGGAGUUUGAGUCUGAUGUUCCAGCCCAUGUGGCUGUAUGUGCCUCGGGUGAUUUGCCCCGGCAUCGUUAA